UGACGAAGAGGGAGAGAAUUUUCGCUUGAGUGAGAGAAAAGGAGAGGAUUUCCCACAUGCUGGAGAUGCUGGACCGCGACGGUGACAAUUUUUAGGUGCUGUCAAACGACACUGGUUCAGUCGGUGUCAACGAGCGGAACGGGCAGCAUCUCCUCCUAUUGUUCUCGUGUACGCGCGUUUGGGUGCGUUCUGUGUGGAAUCGUUCGAACGUCAAAGUUGCGCCGCGUUGAUUAAUUUUUGUCGAAGUCGCGCGUGAGCAAGUGUCGAAGAAAUUUAUUGUUUCUUUUUUUUUGUUUGUUCAUAAGGGGAAGAAAGUUUUGGCGUGAGGGGAAAAAGAAAUAAAGUUUUUGGUUUUAUUUCGACACUCACAGGGAUUCGCCGGUUCGAGUUUGGAGUAAAGUGGAGUAAAGUAAAAGUUUAAAAGCGGCAGAGAUAAGAUAAAUCGAGAGAAAAAAGUGAUUCAAAGAAUGUGUGUGUCCGUGUAGCAAGUGUGGGGAGAUGAGGCUGAGAAAGAAUGGAAGUGUUGCCGUCUUGCUGCAGCAUCCGAAGAAGAAGUAGCAGCAGAAGUAAAGAGGAAGUCACGUGCAAUCGGCGGGAAACGGUGUAGUGUAACCUGGGUGCGUUUUGUAGUAGUGGAUAAAUCUCCCCAAAUGCGCCAUGGAAACCUUUUCUGACAUUCCAUCGAAGCAACCGUUGGCGGUAAAAACAGGAGGAGAAGCAGGCGUCUUAGCCAAGCCAAGAAGAAGCCCAACGCGGAAGACCAAUGGGCACGGUCGCAAGGGCAGCGGAAGUGCCCUGGAAGUUGGAAGUGUGACAAAACCGGACACUUCCGGUAGCAGUUCCGCCAGCUGCCUGAUCAGCUAUCUGUUCUACCUGCUGUGCAUCACAUCGCUCGGUGCUACCAUCUACUCCAACAUACGCCAAUCAUAUUUAGAGGAUAGAUUAUUUAGCCUAGUUAGUAUCGAAGAACGUCUAAGUCUGCUAGAGACCCAGAUCCGAGAUGUAUAUAGGAGCCGACCGGAGGCGGCGUACGAGGACGGCGGCGGAGCCGUUACGGAUUUCGUGCGCAAGUUUUCGGUCCAGCUCGCCGAGCUGCCGCGGAUACGUCGCGACGUUUCCUCGCUGAAGCUGUCGCGAGCGGUCCGGCAGGUGGCGACGUCCGGCGACGGCGAGUGCAUGUGUCCACCAGGUCCACCAGGCCCUCCAGGACCGCCGGGCAAACGAGGGAAGCGGGGCAAAAAGGGUGACCCGGGUGAACCAGGGGCGGAGGGUCCCACUGGUCCACCUGGCAAGAACGGUCUUCCGGGCUUGAAGGGAGCCAAGGGAGACCGAGGUUCGAUGGGGCCAAUUGGUCUGGACGGUCCCAAAGGAGAGCCGGGACGAGCCGGUGACAAGGGCUCGAAAGGUGACAGCGGAAUGCCACCGAUAGACGUGUUCCAAACAGUCAAGGGAUUAAAACGAUCCGUUACGACACUGCGGGGCGGCUCGCUGGGAUACGCUGAAAUAGUAGCCGUUAAGGGUGAACCGGGCGAACCAGGACCACCUGGACCUCCCGGACCAACGGGGCCUUCGGGAGUCGCCGGACUGGAAGGCCGGCCCGGACCGCCGGGCGACCCCGGACCCAAGGGAGACCCCGGAACGCCUGGUGAAAAGGGUCCCGUCGGGAAUCCGGGCACGCCCGGCCUGCCGGGAACGAAGGGUGACCGAGGUGACAAGGGUGACCGAGGGCUGACGACGCACUUCAAGGGCGACCAGUUCCCGGCCGGCAUCAUCGAAGGGCCACCCGGCCCUCCGGGACCAGCGGGCCCUCCCGGUGAAAAGGGUGACAUCGGACCGGAAGGUCCGCCCGGCCCUCAGGGUGAGAAGGGCCCGCGGGGUAAACGCGGCAAACGAGGUCCCGGCAAGGACGACGACUACGACGAGGCCACGUUGGCGCAAUUCCGGGGUCCUCCAGGGCAACCCGGUCCGCCGGGACUUCCGGGUCGCGACGGGUUACCCGGCCAGAAGGGAGAUUCCGGCGAAGUUGGCGCUCCCGGAUCGCUCGGACCGCGAGGGUUGGACGGAAUGCCCGGGGAACCAGGUAUUGAAGGUCCACCGGGGCUUCCAGGUUAUCAAGGUCCUCCGGGAGAAAAGGGCGACCCGGGUGACAUCGGACCUCCCGGACUCAUGGGUCCUCCCGGACUUCCCGGACCUCCCGGCUAUCCCGGCGUCAAGGGAGACAAAGGAGAUCGAGGAGAUUCCAAGUUUAGGAAAAUGCGACGGCGCCAGGACCACGAAGGAAUGGCCGACGAGCCGUACCGGGAGGUCGUGUACGGUCCUCCGGGCCCACCCGGGCCACCGGGACCGCUCGGACACACGGGACCGCAAGGUCCUCGGGGGUACAACGGCAGCAAGGGCGAGCGGGGUGAGAAGGGCAGCAAAGGGGACAACGGGCCGAUGGGACUGCCGGGCCCCAUGGGAAUGCGCGGCGACUCGGGUCCAGUCGGUCCAGUAGGCAAAGCAGGCCAUCCGGUGUGGGAGUACUAAUCACAAUGAGAGCGAGAGAGCGAGAACCGAAAUCAAUGAGAGCGAGCGCUAGUUUGAGUUACUCACGAGAAAUUUUCGGAGAGCGUUGACGUUUCCGACGUUUCGGUCUGUUUUCGUUUCGAAUUUUUGCUAUUUUUCGACAAAGAAUCUUCGCCACGUGCUAAAAGAAAAUCAAAAAUAUCUGCACUUUUAACGGAAGGUGUUCUAUUCUAAGUAUUAUCGGAAAGUUUCAAGUAUUAUUUAUUGCGUCGCGCGUUUGAAUAAUGUGUUAAGAUAUUUGUUUCAUUAGGCGAUAGGAAGUUGCUAACUUUUUCAAAACGUACUCGUCCAUUUAAAAAUACAACAAAACGUGAAGGAAAUUUAAGACUUUGAUCAAAAGGUAUUCGAGAUAAAGGUGAAAAAAGUGCGGAUGAAGCGUAUAAAUAAACGUGUAUUAAGGUAAGAACGAAGGACAAGGCACACACAAAAAAAAAUAUUUUUUAUAAGUGUUUAUAAAAAAAAGUAACAGAGUGUAAACCAAUAAGGCAAACCGAAGGUGGCGCGAAAUCGAGAAAAAGUGCGAUGUAAAAUCUCAGAAGGUAAACCAAAAAUUGAAGAAAAAAAAUCACAAAAUUGUUGUUAGUCAUUUCAAACUUUCCUCUGGUUUCAGUGUCUUUUUUCGCUUUCAAGUUACCCCAAACUAAGCAAAGUCAUAAACAUACUGCUGAGUGUUAAAUAAGGCAAAUCUAUCACUUGUGAAUAGUUCGUGAUUUCUUUUGUUUCAUCCCCCUCCUCGAAUGAUUUUUGCAUUUUGGUCCCAAUUUGUUUUGGUCUAAUUUGUCCCCAUUCCCCCCUUUCUCACCACUAGGAUAGGACAACAAAUUUUAUAGAUUCAUCCAGAAAACAUAUCUCUCUAAAUGCAAAAAAAAAACAAAAACAAACUAAUGAAAACAAAAAAGUAUCAUAACUUCCUUACCUUACACAAACAACUACUACUAACAAAAAAACUAAACUCUAUCGU